GAUAAAUAGUAUGUUCAGACAAAAUGAAAUGAAUUGUUAUUGAAUUGUGCGGAUGUCAACUUAUUUACGUGAAAAUACAAGAUAGUAUCGUGAAAAAUAUAAAAUGCCAUUACCAGCUGCUUUAGCUGCACGACUUGCGAAAAGAGGACUAAUUUGUGAAUCAGAAAAACAUGAAUCCACGAAAAAAGAAUCGAAGAAGAGGAUCCACGAGGAAGUAAUCGCGGAGGAUUAUGAUAGUACAAAAGACGAAAUUAGUCCGAUUGAUAUAUCUCAAAAAUUCAUGGGAUUCAGUGGUUGUCCCAACAAAUACAAUAUUUAUCAUGAUUGUACAAAAAAAUGUAAAGAAUUGUGGGGACUUGGGCAUGUACAACCUUCAGACAAAUACUUGAAAAAACAAUUAAGACUUAUACAAAAGUAUCCUUUACCAGAGACAUGGAAAGCUGUUUAUGAUCCAGGAUGUGGUCAACAUUAUUACUGGGAUUGGUCAUCGGAUCUGGUGUCUUGGUUACCACCGGGUCAUCCAAAAUGUCAGAUAUCUCAGCCUGCGUCUCAGUUAAGAGAGGAACUGCAUCUUAAAGCAGCAGAACAAGAUGAUAAUAUGUCGAGCGAUGAUAGCGGUAGCGAUCAAGAGCCGAUGGAAGUGGAUGAACCGGAUCCGAAGAAAGAUAGGAAAGUAGAAAACAGGCUGAGACACAAGUCAAUGGACAACAAAAGAAUACAAAGGUUGGAUAGGUCCGACGGUAAAGAUAAAAAAGAUCGCACUCUAGAUCCCAUGGAUCCAGCAUCUUACAGCGAUAUUCCACGGGGUAAAUGGUCGGAUGGUUUAGCAAGGCACAACGAAGCUAAAACUGGCGCAGACACAACUGCUUCAGGGCCACUUUAUCAGAUGAGGCCAUAUCCUAGUCCAGGCGCAGUACUUAGAUCAAAUAGAGCCAAUAAAACAGAACCUGAAUCGUCUAAUAAAGCUAAAGUAACAGGACCCGAAAAACCAGAAUAAAAGCUUUGAUUUUUUUGUGUAUUGUACAAUUUAUUAUAUACCUUAAAUGUAAGUUUAUUGUCUUUUACCAAAGUUGCAUAGGUACGCAUAAAUACGCGGACCCUUGGUCGAAACGUUGUUAGUUUUCCGAUCUUUAUAAUUUCAAGAAAAGAAAUUGUAAAGUUUGGACCUUCUAUUUUCAUAUAACUAAGUUGAAUUUCAAAUUUUAACGAACUCUAAAAAUUUUUUACGCAACCAAAACUACCGUGAAACUUGAAAUAAGAUUUUAUUUCAUUUCGAACGAGAU